AUGGAAUCAGCAGACUUUGCAGCGGGUUAUUACCAAUCCAUGACCUACAUUGGAAUAGUAAUCUUACUCUCAAUAGUAUACCAAACAAGACAAAUAUCAAAGUAUAUAAGUCGUACGAAAUGGCCUUUAGUUCCGGAUUUACCUUAUAAAAGAGAAAAAUCGGGUAGAAUAGAAGCUGAGAUUGAUAAUCAACCACGAGAGGCUGUUACCAUUGUACCUGAUGUCUCCAAUAUUCAUAGCGCACCGACGGUAUAUUUACAUAAAUUUAUAAAUUAUACUGUUAGCCUGAUUACUAUUGGUGAUAUGUCAAUCGGUGAAAUCUUGUUGUUUGUGUUCUUUAUCGUGAUCAAUGUUACUUUCCUUUUACUACCUUUCUCGGCUGAUGCUUCGGGUGCAGAAACUUUAAGCAAAAGAUGUGCUUAUCUUGCAUUGGCAAAUGCAGCUUUUGUAUUCCCUCUGGCCACUAGGAAUUCGGUCUUCCUUAAAUUGAUUGGUGUCCCUUUUGAGCGAUUGAUUAGAUUCCAUCGUUGGGUUGGACGUACCAUUUACUUCCUACUCACCUUUCACGCCUCUUUUCAAAUUCAACAAUCCUAUAAUAAUUCGGUUUACGAAGCUCUAUUUGGUACUCCAACUAAUAAAUGGGGAUUUUUAGCCUACCUCUCCAUAUUAAUCAUCAUUCUCACCUCUCAUUCUGUAAUACAUGAGUUCAUAAUGUUCUUAGGAGUUGGUUUGGGUCUCUACAUUGUUGAUCGAUUCACUCGAUUUAUUCUUGGAAUUGGAUCUAUCAACGUGAUUGGAAUGGAAUCCAUCCAAUCUGGUGUCACUAGAAUUAUCUUUGAGUUCAAAGAUUAUUAUGAACCUGGGCAAUAUAUGUUUAUAAAUUUUUCGAAUUUGAAACCUCCUGUUUCAUGGAUAGCAUGGCAUCCCAUAUCAUUUUCUUCGGCCCCUAGUAUUAUGGAUGAUGGCGUUCAUUUUGCUAGCAUUCACAUGAAAGUUCAAGGUGGUUUCUCAAAAAAUCUUUACAUGAAAGCACAAGGAGGAGCUGAACAUACCCGAGUUCCAUUAAACUUAAGAAUAGAUGGACCUUAUGGGAAACCAAGCAUCGAUUUUAUGCAAUAUCGUACUGUAGCGUUAAUUUGCGGUGGUAUAGGUAUUACUCCGAUGAUUAGUAUCUUGCGUGAUCUGGUUGAUCGUCAAGUUGGCGGCAUGCCAAUAGUCACGCAAGCUAUAUACUUCAUGUGGGUUAUUCCCGAUAUUGAUUCGUAUCAAUGGUUUGGAUCAGAUCUACGUGAAUUAAUGGCUCGAGCUGAAACUUUACCAGAGAACAAAUAUCUUCUUGACAUUAAAAUAUUUUUGACUCGUUCAACAACAACUCCAUCAUCAAUGUUUUUCCAAGGUCGACCUGACUUUUCGGUUCUUAUGCAAGAUAUAAAGCAAUAUCAUGGUUCGGGUGAUAUUGCGGUUGGCGUUUGUGGUCCCGGUAUUAUGUUGAAACAAGUGCGAAACGCUGCUAUCAAAGCAACAACAGAAGAUGAUUUAAUAACUUCAAAAUUUACAGUUUCUUCUAAUUUAAUCAGAUAA